GGGGCAGGGCAGGGCCGCCGGCGGCGAGCCGGAGCCAGCCCAGCGCCCUGGCCCCGCCGAGCCCUCGGAGCCCACCCAUGGGGCUCCAGCUCCGCGCGCCUCCUCGCCCGGCUGUGCUCAGCCCAGCUCGGAGCACCGCGCGCAGGAGGAUCCGUACUCGGUGACCCUGGAGCCCCCUCAGACGCCGGGAGACUCGAGGGCCGGAGCGGCAGGCGGUUCCCCGCACCUCCAGGAGCUUUCAGGCAGCCCUCCAAGCCGUGCUCGGGGCCCGGCCCGCUGUUCCCAGCCCCGAGCCAUGAUGAAGACCUUGUCCAGCGGGAAUUGCACGCUCAGCGUGCCGGCCAAGAACUCCUACCGAAUGGUGGUGCUGGGCGCCUCGCGCGUGGGCAAGAGCUCCAUCGUGUCCCGCUUCCUCAACGGCCGUUUUGAGGACCAGUACACGCCCACCAUCGAGGACUUCCAUCGGAAGGUGUACAACAUCCACGGGGACAUGUACCAGCUGGACAUCCUGGACACCUCUGGCAACCACCCGUUCCCCGCCAUGCGCAGGCUGUCCAUCCUCACAGGCGACGUCUUCAUCCUGGUGUUCAGCCUGGACAGCCGGGAGUCCUUCGAUGAGGUCAAGCGCCUGCAGAAGCAGAUCCUGGAGGUCAAGUCCUGCUUGAAGAAUAAGACCAAGGAGGCAGCAGAGCUGCCCAUGGUGAUCUGUGGGAACAAGAACGACCAUAGCGAGCUCUGCCGCCAGGUCACCGCCAUGGAGGCUGAGCUGCUGGUGUCUGGGGAUGAAAACUGCGCCUACUUUGAGGUGUCUGCUAAGAAGAACACGAACGUGAACGAGAUGUUCUAUGUGCUGUUCAGCAUGGCCAAGCUGCCCCAUGAGAUGAGUCCCGCACUGCACCAUAAGAUCUCCGUGCAGUACGGCGACGCCUUCCAUCCCCGGCCUUUCUGCAUGCGCCGCACCAAGGUCGCAGGUGCCUAUGGCAUGGUCUCACCCUUUGCCCGCCGCCCCAGUGUCAACAGUGACCUCAAGUACAUCAAGGCCAAGGUCCUACGGGAGGGUCAGGCGCGAGAGAGGGACAAAUGUAGCAUCCAGUGAGAGGCAGGGACAUCGGGGAGGGGGCUUGGGCAGUGCCUUAAGGGAGGUGGCUAAGGAUUCCCACUGCCCACAACCCACGGGGCCCUAGGCAUGUAUGCUGUGUCCGUCCUGACUCCUAGCCACCUCUUGUGAGUUCUUACGUCUGGCUCCUUUGUGGUAGGACAGAUACAUGUUUGGGGACAUGUCUGCACUCAAGCUGAGACAGCUUUCAGUGUCCUUAGAGUGGGAGGAAUGCAGAAAGACCAGGAGUCCUACGUCAAAACAAGAUGCUCAGUACAAGUCACAGGAUGAGAACGUCCCAGCCAGAUUCCCUGGUGGCCUUGGCUUCCUCUAUGCUUCUGGAGAACCCCCCCCCCCUCAGGGUCUUAGCUCCUGCCUUCUGGCCCAGCAGUGUGUACCCACCCCUCCAACUUAGCCAGUGGCCACCCUGACAUUGAGCUGAGAGAGAGAGAGACAGAGAGAGAGAGAGAGACAGAGAGAGAGAGAGAGAGAGCGCUGUGUGUGUCUGUAUGUGAUGACAUCUUCAUGUCUCCUGGCUCCUCUCCCAGGCCCCUCCAUAGGACAUUGCUUCUUGUUUUGAAGUUGUUUCCCAUUCUGUCUGCAGUGGACACGAAGUCCCUGUAUGGUAAGAGCCCAGUGAGCUGCCUUUGGCCAGGCUCCCCAGUUCAGAUUGUUGCUUUCACUGGGUCCCUUCCUCCCUGCUCCCAGGCGGCUGUGCAGCUGGAUCCCGCCCUGUGUUCACCAGCUCACAAAUGAGCCCGCAGCACCAUGGUCACAGAAGGCCAGGGUGCCCCUCCUGCCAUUGGGGUGACUCUAAUCCCCUCCACACUCCUAGCGAGAUGAAGACAGCUCUGUCUGGAUGCGGCUUUCUUCUGCUGUAGUUCCUCAAGCUCAUGCUGAGCAACUGCCAGAUACUGGGUUCUGUGCGUUAGGCAGCAGGGAGUGAGGGGUCCUGUAUGUCCCCCACUCUGGCCUCUGCCCACCCAUGAGCCCUUCUGCACACACAGCUGCCAGAGGCAUGGGAGCAUCUGAGAGCCUGAGCUGAGCCCCGGAUAGGUUGGAGGGUGGGUCGUGGUGGAUCUUCUAGUGCUGUCUCUGCUGGGUGCUUCUCUCCCCGGCGCAGGAGUGGGACGAGGGAUGAUUGUGACCCUGAGAACCAAGGGCCCUGUUCAACGCUCAGUGCACGUGUGUCUCUUCCCCCAACGGUACCGGAGCUGGCCCGUUGAGAUGGCUCAGUGGGUAAGGGCACCUGCUGCCAAGCUGUCCAACCUCAGUUUGAUUCCUGGGAUCCACACGGUGCAGGGGGAGAACAAAGUCACCCUUUGACUACCACGGAUGCACCAUGGUCCCUGCGUACACACAAAGUCCUGAAGCCAACGGUUACCGAAAACCAUAGGAAUCUGCUAGUUCAUUCCCUCAGGACCCAGAAAGUGAGUGACUGACCCCGGGUCUCAUGCUGCCAGCUGGACCAGCCACACACACUGUGUUGUUCCCUCUCUUCCGGGGCUCCCAGUGGCAGGGAUUUGGACCACGUCACACACCACACCCCUCCGCCAGUGAUCACAGGUUACCCAUGGAUGCUGUAUACGUUGUCACCUGUAACCACGCCCCAGUCCCAGCUCUGCACAGCCAGGCCUGGCCCUAACUGUGUCCUCACCUCCACACCUGCUGCUCGGACAACUGCCUCAGCACCCGCUUCUGUCCUGCAGUAAGCACCUGCCCCCUGCCAGCCCAACCCUGAGAGUGUGCCAGGUUCUUGUCCAGGCCUGGUCCCAUCCGGUCAAGCUCCACUGCCCGGACCUCUGUGUACACUAUCAAUUAAAGUUGGUUUGUUAGCA